UAUUGUAAGCAGUAUACAGUUAGAAAUAAAAUUAUGUUUAGAUAAGUUCACAAAAUUACAGUUUUUAACUGUAGAAGACAGCAUAUAUUUUUUAAAGAUCUGUAAUAUUUAAUAGGAAGCUGAAAAAUUGCAAGUAAAAGAAUUGAAAAAAAGAAAAAUUCACAAUGCCGGUCAAAAGAAAUUUGGGUACAGUUGAAGAUGAGGGUUAUUCCACUACACAAAACGUUGAUGAAGCGCAGCUGUUAGGUUUGAGCUCAACUAGUGUAUUAGACACAAGCGAUGUGAUUAGCGAUGAUUUUCCAAGAAUUCCGAUAAAAAGUAAAAAACCCUUGGACACCAGUACCAGUGGUGCAUUAGAAACUAGAAAUGUGAUUGGUGGAAUCCUUUCAAAAAUUCUCACAAAAGACAAGUUGUUUAAUUCUAGCUCAACUGUAACUGACUCUACAUUACAAAGUAGCGAUGUGACUAGUGAUAUAUCAAGUGAUGUCGAAGAAAAAUACUUUACAGCAGAAAGUAUAGAUAAAGCUUAUAUUGAUUUUCUUAGAAACUAUAUGAAUCUACAAAACGUCAUUGGGGAGAAGUCUGAAGUAGAAAACAAUGUCAUAUUACAGGAUAACAAUACUGCUAAAAUGACUGAUGCAGAUAAUGUUAGUGAGAAUUCAUCUAGUGAUAUCGAUGAAAAGUACUAUACAGCCGUGAGUCUAGACAAAGUAUAUUGCAACUUUAUAAAAAAAUGUGCUCAUGUUUCUAACAACGCUGAAGAAGAGCCUAAUGCAUUAAUUCAGAAACAUCUCACUGCAGUUGAAGGUAACAAUCUUACAAAAAAAUGCAUAAAUGCACUGAAAAGUAUUGAGGUUAGAUCAGAUGAGAUCGAAAAAAACUAUUAUCCGACAAUAGAUAUGGCUGAUAGUAUUUCCCCAGUAUGUGCAUAUGUGACCAGCAGCAACGGAUCUAAGGCCAAUAUGAUCAUAAAUGAAGAUUUCAAUCCAACAGAAAGCAAUGCAGCCAUAGAUUAUAGACAUCUAAAAAAAUACACAGAUGCAUACUUUGAUAAAGUAAACUCUAAUACGAUCAUAAAAGAACACGACAUGGUUAUCGAAAGUGAUAAUAUUCCUACAACUAGCGCAACGGUAUUAACCGUCAAUCGUGUAAAGCCUAAUGUGUUAUUGGAUGAGUUCUUUAAGGCUGCAGAAUGUAACCAAAUAGAAAAUUCUAGUCAUAAUGUAUGUGCAGACCCAAUGAGCUAUGAUAAUGUGAAUGGUAUCGAUAUAUCAAGUGUAUAUGAACCAAAGUCUGAUGUGAUAAUUAAAGAAUACUUUAAUGCUAUAGGACGUAAUCAUAUCCAAGGUCACUCGGAGGUGAAAUCCAAUAAAAAAACCAAAGAAAGUUUAAAUGUAGCAGAAUGCGAUGGUCAAGCGAGUGAUAGUCAGUUAAGAAACCGUAAAGAUACAAGAGAUGAUAAAUUGAUAGGCACUGACCCAAUGGAAGAUUCCACUGAUGAUCAAAUAAAAAAGAAGAACGCAAAUGUCAAAAGAAUCAUUACUUACAUUUGGGCGUUGACAACAUUAAUUUUAUUUGUCGUUGGUUACAUUUUCUUCAUAAAAUAUACCGACUCAAAGGUAACACAGGAGCAAAUUAUUGUUACCAGUAAUCAUACCUCAGAGGAGAAACCGACAUACAUGUAUUGUAGGUCCAUUGCUUUUAAUGAAACUGAAAAUAUUGUAUGGACGUUGGUAGAUGCAAAUGAUCCAAUUAAAAGAACUAAGAUAUGCCAUACCCGUCUGGUCAACGCCUAUGUACAUGAACUGACCAAUUAUUUAGUACAAAGAGUUUUAAUUGUGACUGAUUGGUGUCUGAACUUAGCACAAAGGAUGUCCAUUGUGUUUAACUUUUAUUUAAAUUUAUUUAGUAGAAGAAAGGAAGUAGAAGUAAGUGAAACGGUAACGGUAAAGGAACAUCAAAUAUUGGAUUAUCCAAAAGGUUAUGUCUCGAGGGUUAUCACAUAUCUAACAGAAUCGUUUUAUUCAAUGACUGACUGGUUCGUGACUCACUGCUUUAAUGUACGCGGUAAUUCAAAUAUAUUGAAAUGAGAAAUGCUGUCAUUUCAACUCAUCAGCAUUUUUUCAAAAAUAUUCCAAAAUGCAAGGAUAUGACGGAUAAAAAUUUUAUACAUCAAUGCUUCUAUAAUAUAAUUAAUCUAUUUUAAAAUUUUGGAACAGUUUUAGAAAUUAUUGUUUGCAUAAUAAAGCUAAUAAUACAGUUAA